AUGGCGUCCGCCGACGAGAAGAGCACCCUCUCCCUGAUGCAACAAGCUGACAAUGGCGCAAGUAUGGCCCGCACCGGGCAGUCAGCUAGCUCCGUGUCCCCGGAGGGCACCGACACGACCGGGUCAACCGCCACGGCAGAGGCUCCGACCCCGACCCAAGACAAUGCCGACGCCGAGAAAGCCGGCGCCAAGCCGGCUAACACCUUCGGCGAACGCCCGGCCUGCUUCAGGAACACGGUGCAGGAAGGGGCGUUCGUGUUCCAGGCGACCAUGGCGACCGCCACAUCGUCCUUCUCCCAGGGCGCCAGCGCCAUCAUCACCGCGUCCAUUGGGCACUCGCUCGACAUGACGCAGGGCCAGAUCACGUGGAUCACAGCGUCAACGGCGCUCACGGCGGGCGCGUUCCAGCUGGGAUUGGGACAGUUGGCGGAUCUAUUGGGGAGGAAGGCGACGUUUAUUGUGGGGAUGGGAUCGUUCAGUGCAUUUUCGUUGCUCGUAGCGUUCGCGCAAAAUCCGUUCUGGAUGGAUGUGGUGUGUGGGAUUUUGGGAAUCAGCUCGGCCAUGGUGGUGCCACCGGCGAUUGGGAUUAUGGGUGCGGCGUACGCAACGCCGUCGAAGAGGAAGAACUUGGCGUUUUCGGCGUUCAGUGCGGGAAACCCGUUGGGAUUUGUGUUCGGGAGUAUCGUUAGCGGGAUUGCAACUAUGAUCUUUAACUGGAGAGCGGCUUACAUCUUCAUCGCCAUUCUGUGGGUUAUCUUCACGCUACUAGCGAUCUGGACGAUCCCCAAGGUCGAGGCAUUCCCCCCGGACCAACCGUUCAGGGAGAGGCUUAAGACGUUCAUGAAGACGUUCGACUUCGUCGGUACUGCGUUGACUAUCUUUGGCACGGGUCUUCUGACGGCUGGCGUUACUAUUGGACCGGACGAUGAGUGGAAAGGCAAAUGGGUCAUCGCGCUGAUCGUCAUCGGCGUCGCCCUGCUCGUCAUCUUUGCUUGGUGGGAAACGGUCUAUCCGACGCCCCCGAUGCCACCGCACAUCUGGAAAGACCGUAACUUCACCUUCAUCAUUCUGAGCUGUCUGCCAGGGUACAUGUCGUUCAUCUCGUCGCAGUUUUGGCUGUCCUUCUUCAUGCAAGAGGUUCAGCACCUGAAGCCGCUCACAGUCGCCGUCCACUUGCUGCCUCAAGCGAUCGCCGGGCUAAUUUAUAAUGGCAUUGCUGGCUCCGUACUGCAUCGCAUCAACAACACGUUGCUGUUGGUUAUCGGGUCGUGUGCAUACGUCGCCGCGGCAGUCCUGCUAUCCGUGAUGAAGCUCAACAGUCCCUAUUGGGCCUUCAUCUUCCCAUCGCUUAUCCUGGCUGUCGUCGGCGCCGAUUUCCAGUUUAAUGUCGCCAACAUGUAUGUGAUGCAGUCAUUGCCGCCGCAUCAACAGGCACUCGCUGGUGGUAUUUUCAACACCAUCUUCCGGCUGAGCAGUGCGAUUGCGUUGGGUCUGUCGACAGCGGUAUUCUCCUCAACGAAGAGCUCGGCCGCGGCCAUGGCCGAUAUCAUGGUGCCGUAUGAGAAGGCCUUUCAGGUGUCGAUUGGGCUGAGCGCUGGUAGCUUCCUGUUUCUUCCGUUUGUCAGGCUUGGGACGCAGGGCCAUGCGCCCAAGAGUGUGGAUGCCGACACCUCUGAUGGUAUUCAGACGCCGAGUGUGGUGUUGGAGGGGGAGAGGAGUAGAGGAGAAAAGCAAGAGAGUGUCAGCGAGAGGGAGAAGAUAUAG